AUGACCGAGGAAAAGGCAGCAUCUCCAGCCCCCGAGGCGGCCACCAAGGCCCAAUCACCGCCACCUGCCGCUGCUUCGUCACCAACCCCAGAACCUGCCCAGCCAGAGCCUGCCCAUAUUCAAGCUGACGAUGAGGUGCCUGAUGACACUGAUGUGGACUCGUCGUGGGGAGAGGACGCCGUCUCCUCGACUGCUAGCAUCUCUAGUUCCAUCUUGGACUACAGAAAAGAGAACGGGCGCACUUACCACGCCUAUAGAGACGGAAAAUACCUGAUCCCCAAUGAUGAACAAGAAAACGAGCGUCUUGAUUUUCAACACCAUCUUUGGUAUCUGACUCUCGAUGGUCGGUUGGGAUUCGCUCCUCCCGCUCAUCCUGAAGCCAAAUUUGCUGGCCGGGUUCUCGAUGUUGGCACUGGUACAGGUAUCUGGGCUAUUGAUUUUGGUGAUGAGCAUCCAGAUGCCCAUGUUAUCGGCGUCGACCUCUCACCGAUUCAACCGAGCUUCACACCUCCCAAUGUCCACUUUCAAAUCGACGAUCUGGAGGACGAAUGGACCUUCUCACAGCCAUUUGACUACAUUCACGUUCGCGCCAUGUCCGGUUCAAUCAAGAACUGGUCUGCGUUUCUUGAAAGAUGCAUCGAAAACUUGAAGCCUGGCGGUUGGCUCGAAGUUCAAGAACCGGGCAGACCCAUUGCCGACGAUGACACAUUCCCCCCUGACUGUGCUCUCGCCAAAGCUACCGCUCUUUUUGCGGAAGGACUCGCAGCAGCAGGCUCGCCGCUUCUUGACGUCUUCACUCUCAAGGACUUGUUCAACGGAGCCGGCUUUGUCAGCUACGAUGAAAAGCGGGCUUAUUGGCCCAGCAACCCUUGGCCCAAAGACAAGAAGCUCAAGGAGAUCGCCAUGUGGUCCAACACAAACCUCUCCGCCGGCGUUGAGGGUUUCUUGAUGGCGGUGGCGACACGCUUCUUGGGCUGGAGUCUGCCAGAAGUCACUGUUCUUUCUGCUCAAGCAAGAGCUGAUCUCAACGACAGAAGAAUCCAUGCCUAUUGGCCAGUCAUCUCUGCAUUUGCGCAAAAGCCCGAGUGA